AUACAGCUACGAAUGGCCAGGCUCAGUUCUCUCAGCUCUCCCUUAGGAGCCAUUAUCCCUCUUGCCUCUGGCCUCUCCUCCUUACUCCCUAGCUCCUGCCUCACCCCUCCUUAUUUCCUCAAUUGCUGUGCUUCCAGAUCCCUGAUUUUCCCCCUAAAACGUACCUUCUAUUAUAUCUACUUUUUUACCCGCUGUUUAGUGGGUUGCCCCACAAUUGACAGUCACAUUUUAAGGAGGGGUAUACUGCCCAAAGUUUAUGAGCAGAUUUUGGAGUACCUCUUUGUGGUGCUUGUUGUCUAAGCUAUGUUCUGGACCCUACAAUGACAUCUUGCACACAAACACCCAUAUAUCUUCCCCCAAAACAUACAUAAGCCCACACGUGCAUAUAAACUCACAUAGACACAUACAAAGAUGCAUACAACUGCCCCCACAAACAUAUACAUAAUCCCCACAUGCAUAAACCCACAUGCACACACAUGCACAUACACAAAGAUGCACACAAAAACCUGCCACAAAAUGCACCUGAACACAUAUAAACACACACAUAAAUCACCCCACAAGUGCAUAAAUGCUCACACACGCACACAAACGUAAACCCAUACACGCAGGCCUACUUGUUGCCUCAGCUCUGCCAGACUAUCUUCCUUGCCUCUCUUUGGAGACCGGAGCAACAUGAGGCUGAGAGGAAGUGAAACCUGCCCCAACAGGAAGUGAAAAGAGGAUGGUGAGCUUUUCUGGUGCUUCUGACACAGCUGUCGGGGGACUCAGCAAACAGUCUGCAGUUUCUGGAGCUGCUCUGAGUCCUGUCAGGUUUCCAUCUGAGCAAUUUCCUCUUCCGGCAUCCCAAUGCCUGUGGAUGGCCCAUCUGGGUGGCCAGCCCUGCUCUCCCUGCUUCUGGCCGUGGCGAUGCCUUUUUUCUGCUCAGCCAUAUCCAUAGAUGAAGCAUGGAACCAGCUGUUGAUGAGAGAGAAGAUGAUGCAGCUGGGGGGGCAGCUGGUGCUGACCGAACAGGAGGAGCUAGCCAAUGAGAGGCUCAUGGCCCUCAAAAAGGCUGAGGUGACACAGGCGAUGAGGACCCAGAAGUUUCCUCCCAGCAUGCACUUUUUCCGGGCCAAGACUCUCAUUGAGAAAAGUGAGGUGUUUAAUAUCCUGAAGAAGAUGCCAAAAGGGGCUGCCUUACACGUCCAUGACUUCAGCAUCCUGAGUAUGAACUGGCUGGUGAAAAAUGUCACGUACAGGCCCCACUGCCAUUUCUGUGUCACCCCAAGCGGGUACUUGAAGUUCAAAUUUGCUUAUCCAGCACCCCCUACUCCUAAACCAGCAGAGUGUUCGGAGUGGGUUUUGCUGGAGAAAUAUCGAAAGGAGCUACAGAAUGUCACUGAGUUUGACAACAGACUUCUUCAGACUUUCACUCUGAUGACCGAGAACCCUGAGGUGGCUUAUGCAAACCAGGAUGCAGUCUGGUCCAAGUUUAAUAGUAUCUUCUUCACAAUCUCUGGCCUUGUCCACUAUGCACCAGUGUUCAGAGACUAUGUCUUCCAGGCACUGGAGGAGUUCUACCAGGACAAUGUACUCUACCUGGAGCUCAGAGCCAUGCUGUUCCCGGUGUAUGAACUGAACGGGACUGUCCAUAGCCAAGAGUGGUCGGUGAAGACUUACAGAGAAGUGGCUUGUAUGUUUGCAGAAAAGCAUCCUGGGUUUAUUGGAAUCAAAAUCAUUUAUUCGGAUCACAGAGCCAAAAAUGUGUCCUUCAUCAUGAAAUCCAUCCAAACAGCCAUGACGCUCCGAACCAUGUUCCCCAAGAUGGUGGCAGGGUUUGACCUGGUGGGACAUGAGGACCCUGGCCACUCCUUGUAUGACUACAGGGAGGCUUUGAUGAUUCCCACCUUGCAUGGCGUUAAACUGCCUUACUUUUUCCAUGCUGGAGAGACAGACUGGCAGGGUACUUCCAUAGAUAGAAACCUUCUGGUUGCUCUAAUACUGAACUCUACCAGGAUUGGCCAUGGAUUUGCUUUGACCAAACACCCAGCAGUCUGGGCUGACUCCUGGAAGAAGGAUAUCCCCAUAGAAGUCUGUCCCAUCUCCAACCAGGUUCUGAAACUGGUGUCUGACUUGAGAAACCAUCCUGCUGCUGUUCUGAUGGCCACUGGGUACCCCAUGGUGAUCAGUUCUGAUGACCCAGCAGUCUUUGGUGCCAAAGGCUUGUCCUAUGAUUUCUAUGAGGCCUUCAUGGGUAUUGGGGGAAUGGCAGCUGAUCUGAGGACACUCAAACAACUGGCCAUGAACUCUAUCAGGUUCAGCACCUUGAUGGAUAUUGAUAAAAAAGCUGCCAUGAAAACCUGGGAGGAGAGAUGGAAUAAGUUUGUAGCUGACCUGGCCGGGAGGCCAAAGUGAAUUGUCUGGGCUGGAAAAACCUAAUGUCCAGGGCACCAAGAGUCCUUGACUUGCCAGGCUUAUUGUACAAGUCCCCAUCAUAUGGCUUAUGAUGAAUGCCCUGGUCCAGCCCCCUCCUCCUGGGUCCUGGAGCUUUUCGUCAGUUGGCACAGCUCCCAGGAAGGGCAGGGAGACUUCUGGAAAUUAAAACUGAGGGAAUGUUGUUGGAGAUGUGAAUCAUCUUAUUUCCCAACAGGUGAGAAUUUGGGAUCCAGACUCAGAGAAAACCCUGGAGCAUUUUUCUUAUUAUCUUGAAAUAAUGUGAAACCUUCAGAAAAGUUGCAAGAAUAGUACAAAGAACUCUAACAUACUCUGUCUAGGUUUCCAAAUUAUUGACAUUUUAUAACAUUUGCUGUAUCAUUCUCUCUAUGUAUCUGUAUCUCUUUCAAUGUCUGCAUGAUAUAUCCUAUUUUUUCUAACCAAUUGAGACUUAAGAUGCAGACAGUAUGGCCCAUUACUUAUAAACACUCCAGUCUACAUUUGCUGAAGACAGUGUCAUUCUCCUAUGUAACCACAGUUUAACCAUCCAAAGCAGGAUAUUAACAUUGAUAAGAUACUACCAUCUCUCCCUGGCCCUUCCAGGCAUGUUUCUUCUCUCUGCCCAGAACCUGACCCAGGAUCACAUGUUACAUUUAGUUAUCUCCUGUCUCUUUCAGUCUGGAACAGUUCUUCAGUAUUUCCUUGUCUUUUGUGAUGUUGACAUUUUUUAAAAACGUUUUUAUUUAUUUAUUUUGAGAGAGAGAGAGAGAGAGCGAGUUUGUGCAUGCGUGCAGGAGCAGGGGAGGGGCAGAGAGAGUAAGAAUUCCAAGCAGGCUCCUUGCUGUCAACACAGAGCCCACCUCAGAGCUCAAUGCCACAACCAUGAGAUCAUGACUGGAGCUGAAAUUAAGAGCCAGAUGCUCAACUGACUGAGCCACACACUCAGGCACCUUGUGACCUUGAUUUGAAGAGUACAGACCGGUUACUUUGUAGUGUCUCUCAUUUCAGGCCUAUAUAAUGUUUCCUUGUGAAGAGAUGCCAGUUACACAUUCUUAGGAGGAAUACCUCAGAAGUAUCUUUGUCCUUGUCAGUGCAUCAUAUCAGGGGACACAUGGAUUGUGUCCCCUGGAGGUGGUCUGCACCAGCAAGCAACAGCCAAUUGUUAAAAUUUCAGCCUGUUGUGAAACCAAUGGUGGUCUGAAAUUGGUCAUCAUGGGAGUUUUUGUAAUAUGUAUAAAUAUAUUUUAAGUAAGUUCCAGGCCCAACAUGGAGCUCAAACUCAUGACACUGAGGUUAAGAGUCAGCCAGGCAGCUGGGUCAUUGGAGGAAUUUUUACAUUACAGAAAUCAGCAAAUACAAAUCAGUGCGCACCCAGCCCCCGCCCCCCAGCCACUAGUUAAACAUUUAUCUGUAUACUGAGGCAUAUAAUGUCAAUCUGUCCCAUUGUGAUGAUGUUCACUUUAAUCACUUUGUUAAGGAAAUGUCUGCCAGGAUUUGACACUGUAAAACUUUCUACUUUGUGAUUAAUAAAUAUUUAAUGGGGAGACACUUUAACUCUAUGUAAACAUCUUAUUCCUCAUCAAAUCUUUAACCCAUUAGUUUUUGCAGUCACUGAAGAUUAUCAUCUGAAUCUUCUACUGCUCCAAUCAUCACUGUUCCACUUAAUCAUUGCUGUGUAACAAAUUAUCUCGAAACUUAAUGGCUUAAGAAAGAAUAUAAAUUUGCUAGCUCCUACAGGUUUUGUGGGUCAGGGAUUUGGAAAGGGACCAGCUAGGCAGUUCUAGUUUCGGGGUCUCUCAUGAGGUUGCAGUCAAAAUGGUGGUGGAGCUGCAGCAACUGGGGGCUGGCCAGACAUCUUGUUUCUACACAAUCUCAGGGCUCAGCCAUGGAGUGUCCACAUCAGCCCGUGUGGGUGGCUCAUGUGUGCGAGGAGGCCAAAGGCUUCAAGAGUAAGUGUUCAGGUAGU